AUGAUAAAGAGAGGAGUUAGACUACGACUAAGACGGUAUUACUCAUUAUAUGAAUAUCCAAGAUUGGUUAGAUCACAAGGUGAAAGGUUAAUAGCUGAGGAUACAAAUUUACCCCGGGCAGAUAUCAAAAAGAUAAAUCAGAUACUAAAGAAGAAGGUAACUACCAAAAGAAGUGAUGCAAUAGAAGAAAUAACACAUAGUAAUAAUAUAAUAACUUUGGAAAUUAAUGACUUUUUAAAGAAAUUGAAUGAGGAAGACGGUACAAAUCUACAAUUGAAAGAUAUUUAUAAUUCAAAAUCAGUGAUUAAAUCAUUCCUACCCCAUACAAAUAAUGCUAGAGUAUUUACUGCUACUGUUAGAGAUGUAUCUACUGAUGGAUAUGGUUUAGCAAUAACUUCAAAAAAUUAUAUAAAUCAAGAGAAUUUCACAAUUUUGAAAAUUCCCAAAGUUUGUAAAGGUGAUGUAGUUCAAGUUUUGAUUAAGUUUCAUCAUGAGUUUUAUGCAGAGUGUGAAGUUGUCGAGAUUAUAAAGCUGGGUGGAGGGAGGGAUGACUCAUUAGUUAAAUGUCAACAUUUUAAAACUUGUAGCGGAUGUCAGUUUCAAAUGAUACCGUAUAAAUAUCAACUUCGACACAAGAGUAAAAGUAUAGAGAAAGCAUAUCGAUACUUCUAUCCAGAGUUGGGACUAGAAUAUGUGAAAGUUGUUGAGUCACUAUUACAAUACAAUUAUAGAACUAAACUCACACCACAUUUUUUUGUAAAUAAAGGGAUAAUAAACAAGAUUGGAUUUGAAAGUGUUUAUAAGUAUCUAAGAGGGGUAGAUGUGAUACAUUGUCCAAUUGCAACUGAAGAAGUAAACAAAUUGUACUCAGAAUUACGACCGCAAAUUAUUAACAAGCCGCCAAAACAAGCACAAUUUACCAUAAAACAAUCAUUAGAAAAUGGAAAUCCAACCGCAGUUGAAGGGUUUAAGAACAUUAUAACUGAAAAAGUCAAUGAUUCCAUCUUUCAGUUUUCAUCAUCAUGUUUUUUCCAAACUAAUAAUAGUAUACUAUCACCAUUAUUCAAAUAUUUAGAAUCACAAAUUGAUGAGUGCAAUUUUGAGUUGAAGAAUAUUGUCGAUACAUAUUGUGGAGUAGGUCUAUUUGGUAUUUCGUUAGCCAAAGUAAAGAAGGAUAUUAAAGUUUUUGGUAUUGAAAUAAGUCAAGAACAAAUCCAAUUUGCUGAAAAGAAUGUCAAGUUAAACAAAUUAAACCCAAAACAUGUUCAAUUCAUUUCUGGUGAUGCUUCAAACAUAUUCAAGAAUGAGAAAUUCAACAAGAUGAAAAUAAAAGGUAGUGGUUCAUUAGUGAUUAUUGAUCCAUCUCGUAAAGGGUCAAAUAAAGAGUUUCUACAACAAUUGAUCGAAUUUGAACCUGAUAUGAUUAUAUACGUAAGUUGUAAUGUAUUCACACAAGCAAGAGACCUAGCUAUGUUUAAACAUUUACAAAAACAAGUGAAUUAUAAAAUCAAAGAAUUAAUUGGUUUUGAUUUCUUCCCACAGACUAAACAUAUAGAAACUGUAGCAAUUUUAGAAAAUUGUAAAUAG